UGUGAUGGUGGACGAAAUUAUCCUCAGACUGAAGCAGGCAGCCGAGAGAGAAAGUCAUUCAAUAAGACAUUCGCUCCGGCCCGUGUUAGCUACCAAUUAACUAUUGGGAGGUUUUUUUGAGUGUCUGUAUUUCGAUCGCCGUCCCCUCCCUUUGUAAUAAUAUGUGGGACCGAGCGUCUUUGGAGUACAAUAACCAGGACGGGGCAGACCCAGGCAGCGAUUUUUAGUGCAGCGUAACGGUUGCUAGUCCUAGCUAGCUAGCUAGCUUGGCUAGCUGUUUCCAGUCAAGAGAGUAGCUGAGCAAUUUUAAGAGCUAAGUAACAUAGCAAGGCAAAGCAAAAUUCUACCAGGAGUAAAGGACUUGGAGGAGAGAGAGCCGGGCAAGCAGGAUGAAAUUUGCGGAGCACCUUUCGGCUCAUAUCACUCCGGAGUGGAGGAAGCAGUACAUCCAAUAUGAGGCGUUUAAGGAGAUGCUGUACGCUGCGCAGGAUCAGGCCCCCUCCAUAGAAGUCACAGAUGAAGACACUGUCAAGAGAUAUUAUGCCAAGUUUGAGGAGAAGUUUUUCCAGACAUGCGAGAAGGAACUUGCCAAAAUCAACACUUUCUAUUCAGAGAAACUGGCCGAGGCGCAGAGGCGCUUCGCCACCCUGCAGAAUGAGCUGCAGUCGUCUCUGGACGCGCAGCGGGAGAGCAACGCGCCGGGGCUGCGCAGGCGCCGCAAGACCGUGUUCCACCUGUCGCACGAGGAGCGCGUCAAAUACCGCAACAUCAAGGACCUGCAGCUGGCCUUCAGCGAGUUCUACCUCAGCCUCAUCCUGCUGCAGAACUACCAGAACCUGAAUUUCACUGGUUUCCGGAAGAUUCUGAAGAAGCAUGACAAAAUCCUGGAGACUUCUCGUGGCGCGGACUGGCGUGUGGUCCACGUGGAGGUGGCCCCGUUCUACACCUGCAAGAAGAUCACACAGCUGAUCUCCGAGACCGAGGCCUUGGUGACCACCGAGUUGGAGGGGGGGGACCGACAGAAGGCCAUGAAGAGGUUGAGAGUCCCCCCGCUGGGAGCUGCACAGCCAGCGCCAUCCUGGACCACCUUCCGCGUCGGCCUGUUCUGCGGUGUUUUCAUGGUCCUUGCCGUGUCCUUCAUCCUCAGAGGCGUGGUGUUGACCAGGGACAAGAGCGGCGACAGUGAAAAUUCCAAUGUGUGGCCGCUGGUGCGUAUCUACCGGGGCGGCUUCCUGCUCAUUGAGUUCCUGUUCCUGCUGGGCAUCAACACCUACGGCUGGCGGCAAGCGGGGGUCAACCACGUGCUCAUCUUUGAGCUGAACCCCCGCAGCAACCUGUCCCACCAGCAUCUCUUUGAGAUUGCUGGGUUCCUGGGGGUACUGUGGUGUAUCAGUAUCCUCUCCUGCCUGUAUUCGGACUACACCUUCAUCCCCAUGCAAGUCAACCCGCUUAUACUGUAUGGUUUCAUGCUCCUCUUCCUCAUCAACCCCUUCAAGACUGGCUACUACAAGUCCCGCUUCUGGCUGCUGAAGCUGCUGUUCCGCGUCUUCACAGCCCCGUUCCACAGGGUGGAGUUCGCAGACUUCUGGCUGGCUGACCAGCUCAACUCCCUCGUGUUCGUGCUGAUGGAUCUCGAAUACCUGGUCUGUUUCUUCAGCUCCGAGCUCAACUGGAACAUGGAGAAGGGCCUUCUGCCCAACAGCCAGGUUGACCUGACAUGCAACAGUUACUCGUAUGGGGUCCGCGCCAUCAUUCAAUGUCUGCCCGCUUGGCUGCGAUUCGUCCAAUGCCUGCGCCGGUACCGGGACACCAAGCGCGCCUUCCCCCACCUGGUCAACGCUGGCAAAUACUCCACCACCUUCUUCGUCGUCACCUUCGCCGCGCUCUACAAGACCCACAGAGACCAGGAUCACUCAGAUGCACAGGUCUUCUUCUACCUGCUGAUCGUCUUCUCAGCGAUCAGCUCCUUCUAUACCCUCAUCUGGGACCUAAAGAUGGACUGGGGCCUGUUCGACCGCAACGCGGGGGAGAACACCUUCCUGAGGGAGGAGAUCGUCUACCCCCAGAAAGCUUAUUACUACUGCGCCAUAGUGGAAGACGUGAUCCUGCGCUUUGCCUGGACAAUUCAGAUCUCUCUCACCACCAUGAACGCCUUCCCUUCGGCCUCUGACAUCUUGGCUACCAUCCUGGCACCUCUGGAGGUCUUCAGGCGCUUCGUGUGGAACUUCUUCCGGCUGGAGAACGAGCACCUGAACAACUGCGGUGAAUUCCGUGCGGUGAGGGACAUCUCCGUGGCUCCGCUCAACGCGGACGACCAGACCCUGCUGGAGCAGAUGAUGGACCAGGAGGACGGCGUGCGCAACCGGCAGGGCAAGAAGAGCUGGAAGCGCAGCUACAGCCUGUCCCUGCGACGGCCCCUCCUGUCCUCACAGUCCAAGACCCGGGACACCAAGGUGUUGAUAGAGGACACGGACGAUGAGGCCUACACCUGAGCCUCAGGCAGCUUCUCAAAGCCUGGGGGGGUCGCAGCCCUCUGGCCAGCUUCCCAAUCAGUCCAUCACAGAGCUGCCUCUCUGCACCUUACGCGCACACAGAUACACAGCCAUCCUCCAGACACACACUGACACAGACUAGCACAGGCACACAGUCAUCCUCCAGACACACACUGACACAGACCUAGCACAAGCAUGGGCCCAUACAUAACAUACACACACAGACACUGCACCAAAUACACACACGGGCCCAUACUUAAGGAUACACACACAGACCCAUACACAAGGACACACACGCAGACACUUCAUCACACACACUCAGGCCCAUACAUAAGGGAUACGCAUGUAGACACUACAACAAACACACACACAGGGGCCCAUACCUAAGGAUACACACGCAGACACUGCACUAAGCUCAAACAUGGGCCCAUACAUAAGGAUACACACACAGACACUGCACCAAACACACACAUGGGCAUACACUUUGAAAAGCCACCCUCUCCUGGGAUUUUCCUCUAACUUUUUUUUUUAGACAUUUGUGCACAUUUUUUGUUUU